UGUAGUUAGAUUUGCUAACAUUUGCCUAAUGAUUGUACUAUAUUGACUGCCACCCUCAAAGAAAAAAUAUAAAGCAAGCUAGAAAGAAUAAUGGGAUUCUUGUUUUACUUUCUGUCUCGUAAUGUUUAAAGACAAAGGUUUUUACACAAUAUAAAUUAGAAGGAAAUUCUAAUGAACCUUAUGAGCGGGAUCCUUGAAUCUAAAAUAUCUUGUUUUUAAAAAUGAAAAUAAAUAAUCAGAUCCAGCUCUCAAUAGAAUAAGGAGGGGAAGGCUAUUCAAAAUAUAAUAAAUUUUGAGAAUAUGUGUACAAAUUCGCUAAUAACCCAAUUUUUAUGAAUAACAUCCCCUAAAAUAUUUGAUUCGAUAUCAAACACCGAAUUUCAAAAGAGGAGUAUUUAAGAAGGAAAAUAGCAAAAAAGGCUUGAGAAUUUGUAUCCUCCUUUUAUUUGCAAAUAUUUUUGAAUAGAAGUCCAUUAUGUUAAUAAAUUAAAACAGACUUUUAUCUGUGUAUUCCAAUUACUUUACCCUAACACUUGUACAGAGGAAAACAAGAGUGAGCUGAAUUCUUCCAGUCCAUACUGAAAUUCCCAAAUGUCCUUAAUGAAAAACACAUUUAUUCAGAGCUCUUUUGAUCAAGUUGCUAAUUUUCAAGCUCAUUGUAUCCCUGAGGUUAUUGCAAAUAAUCGGGCAAGAAGAUUAGACAAAAACAUCGCAGAGAACCCUGAGUCUGCUUGGAAGAAGAGGAUAAUCUAACUCAUAAUCCCUCUGAAGCAAAGGCACAAACAGGGAGGUCAAAACCAACUCUUCGGCUUGUCCCUCCAAACCCCUGUUUCUUACCUAAUUUAUUAAUUUCCAUUCA